AUUAUUGGAUAAACUUGUUAGAGGUAGCGCUUGUGUCGCUUCACAAAACCAAGCGUAGAACAUACUUCUGAAUUUCCUAUCUUCAAAGUUCUCUGAACUCGCGUUGUACAACGCCGCAAUGUUUCUGUUUAAUAAUAAACAACAAUUUUCGGUUCGAAAUCCCACAAACCGGCAGCGGGUUUUUCAAGAUUUGCAUCGAUCUCGAUCGCAAAGCUUAUCUCCUUAUUGCACAAGCUGUUCAUGACUAAAGCACUUGCUGGAAGUUUGUCAGCUAGUGACCUUUGGGAAUUUUUACAGCUACCAAAGACAAGUCACUUUGAAAUUCAGCAAUUUGAUACAUUCAUCAUGCCACACUUCUCGUCCCAAAAUAUGUCUGUAGAACAAAAUCAUGUCUUGAUGAUCCGUAUGGAUAAUGCUAAGAUCAUUUCUCAUAUACUCAAAGCCAUCAAUUUUAAAGAGAAUUCCGUGUUUUGCUGCACGAAAGAUGGGUUGAAAGUUACUGUUGAAGAUAUGAAAAGUGUUCAACUGAAUGCUUUCAUUGAGCCAGGAAUUUUCCAAAGUUACGUUGUAAAAGAAGAAGAGAUAAAAUUUCAACUUAACCUAACUGUUCUACUGGAAUGCUUGAACGUUUUUGGUUCCAGUGGCCUCCAAAGCGGCACUUCACCAGCCUUGAAGCUUUAUUAUAAUGGUCAUGGAACUCCUGUCUCAAUCUUGCUUGAGGAAUCUGGUGUCAUUACUGACUGUAAAAUACGCACAGUUCAUUUCGACCCAGUUUUGGAUUACGAUUUUGGCACUUCUAAUGUAGUUGGCCGUAUCAUAAUGAGCUCAGAAUGUCUAAAAGAGGUAUUCUGCGAGCUCGAUUCGACCAGCGAUUGUGUUCAGUUUUCGAUGACUCCUGAUUCCGCUAAUUUUCGGAUCACUACGUUUGGCCAUUCAGGAACCUACCACGUUGAUAUUCCAAAGGCAAGUGAUGUUAUCGAAAGUCUUCGUUGCACAUCUCCGGUAUCCUUUAAAUAUAAGCUUUCCUUGAUGAAACCAUCUAUCAGACCACUUGGAAUAGCGCAAAAGGUAUCGCUACGCAUAGACGAUACGGGACUACUUUGUUUUCAGUUCAUGAUCAAAGUAGAAGAUAAUCACAACUGUUACAUUGAUUUUUACUGCCCAGCGGACGUCGACUUUGAGGAAGACGAAUGAAUGCAUAGAGAACGUAUAAUGGCCGCGGCAAUAAAUGAAAACUCUUCGUGAACAAAACUCAAUUUUCAAAUAAUAAAAAAACUCGACGCGUUUUAGGAGGACGAAGAUCUUUGAUAAUCCUAGAAAAGAAACUAAAAGGCCAAAAGUAACUUCCGUGUUUCAUAUAGAAUUUGUCAUUCAGUCAAAUGAACGCCGUUAUUAAA